AUGGGCAGUACAGCCUGUAGACACAGCCAGCAUCUGGGCUGUCUGUGCCCUCAUCCGUCAGCUUGUGUUUCUCUGUGUGCUGCUAGCAGCCAAUCACAUUACACAGGUAACCAGAGGCUGGUCAGGCUAGAGCUGAGAAAACCCCUCCUGUCUGUUCCAUGCAAAAAAAACAUCAUCAUCAGACCGGAGAGAUUGAGUACUCAGCAAGCAAACCUGUUUCUAUUCUCUCGACCUGUUCAACUUCAGCAAUGGGAGGAUGCAAAACUCUUUAUUAAGCAAGGCAAGACGGCAACAAAGAAGGGACAGAAAGCAAUAUUUUACCAUUCUCCUGCUGAUAACAGCAAACCUUUCAAUGUCCAGUUUAUCCAAUAACCUGCUAUGAAUGUCAAUCAAACAGGAAUAAUUCUUCUAGAUUAUUUGAGUGCUGCUGCUGACCCAUGUAAUAUUUCAACCCCUCUAACUACAUGAAUAUUGUGUGGCAACAAGUGCUGGAAGGAGACUGAGAGGAAGUCAUAAUGUCUCUUUAUUGUCAUUACUGGUCAACAAUUGACAGAACAAACUGGAAAUAUAUAUCAUAUGCAUUACUGUUGUUAAUAAGCAUCUUUGGUGGUGCUUCUGGGACAUGCCCUCUAGUCUGCAUAUGUGCCAGUGACAUAGUGAGCUGUACUAAUAAGAACUUAUCUGUGGUACCCAGGACACAUUUCAAAUUUAUACGAAAACUGGAUUUAAGCUACAAUAAAAUUGGAUUUUUGGACCCAGACUGGUUUCCAUUUUUGCUUGAAAAACUGGACACUUUAAUACUAAACCAUAACACUGUUAGCAGCAUCUCUACUGGAAGCUUCUCCACCAUUCCAAAUGUAAGGCACCUUGAUUUAUCAUCAAACAACAUGAGGACACUUAGCAACCCUGUUUUUCAAGAACUAAAAAUGCUGGAAGUCCUUUUGCUUUACAACAAUCAGCUCACACAUAUUGAUUCUGGUGCCUUUGGGGGACUACACAAACUGCAGAAAUUAUAUCUAAGUGGCAAUGUUCUGACACAGUUCCCAACAGAUUUGUUUAUUGGGAGGAGCAAACUUACAGAACUGGUUCUGUUGGACAUGUCUUACAACAAUAUACAAGCUGUACCUGUCCAGCUAAUUAGCUUAAUUCCUGCCAGGCAGCUAAGUGGAAUAUACAUUCAUGAAAACACUUUUGUCUGUGACUGUGCUUUAAAUUCAAUGUUACGUUUUUGGUACCAUAGACGCUUCAGCCCUGUAGUGGAUUUUAAAAAUGAUUAUAGUUGUAUUUUGCCAUCCGAUCCUAUGACCAAAUUGCUGCUUAUACAAGAGAACUUUCUCAAUUGCUCCGAGAAUACUGUGAAUGAAUCUUUCCAUGCUUAUGGCUUUUUAUAUGAGGCUCAGGUUGGGGAAAGACUGGUUGUACAUUGUGACAGUAAAAUAAUUGAUGCUGGCACUCAGUUCCUCUGGGUGAGCCCCGACAACAGAACACUUGAACCAGAUAUAAAAACUGAUCAUUUUCAUGUGUUUUACAAUGGAAGUUUAGAAAUUGAAGAUGCACAAAUAGGGGAUUCUGGUGUUUACUCAUGCAUUGCAAUAAACAAGAAAAGACUGCUUAACGAAACCAUACAGAUUCAAAUUUCUGUGAGCAAUUUCACAACAAACAAAUCUCCAUCGCAUGAAGCAUUUAACACAGCUUUUACUACGCUUGCUGCUUGUGUGGUCAGCAUAGUUUUGGUGCUUCUGUACCUUUAUCUCACACCCUGUAGGUGUUGGUGUAAAUCAAGAAAGAAGAAAAGGAAACCAAAUCAAAGCAGUGCUCACUCCUCAAUCUUAAGCACCACACCAUCACAUGAUCCUCCAAACGAACACAAGUGCAAUACUGGCAAGCGUGUGGUGUUUUUGGAGCCAGUCAAAGAAACAGAACAAGGACAGAAUGGAAAAGUAAGGCUAAUCCAAACAGAAAAUCUCACUGCUGAAAGCAUCUUAAAGACCACACGCUCAAAAUCAGACUCUGAUUCUAUCAGUUUGGUUUUCUCUGAUGCUCCUUUCAUUGCAUCUGUAUAACAAUCUGCCUGCUUUUUCUCAUUAAACUUAAAGGAGGGAUGGGCUCUUGGCAUUCUAAAGGAAACAGUAACCAUUCACUGAAAGGAAACAUCGUCAUAUGUAUGCAUUCGGUGGGUUACAAUAGCUGAUAGGGUUAUUGAAGUGAAAGGGGAAAUGAAUGUAAUUGUUAAAAAGCACAUAGAUACUUUAUAUGGUUAAUUCAGGAAUUAACUUUAUAGUAGCAAUCUGUAUUUCUGGCCAUCUCUGUUUCUCGCAGACACCGUAUAAAGCCUUCUGUUGUAGGGAGGCAAGUUUUUACUCUCUGACUCUGGGAAUAAUUGUGAUCGUACCUACCUAAAAAUUGAACAGCACUUCACUAUAUGACAAGGUGCUGUCUUUAAUAUAAUUUAUAUAACCCUAAACCUUUCAUAUAAAAAUGUUAUAGAUGUCCCAUACUGAUGCCCAGACAUACAGUACCUUUAUAUAAUUAAUUAUCACUUUGGGCCUUUAAUUUAUUUCAUUACAAUGAGGCACAUUGUAGACCAAUGUAUUGCUGGUGACUGUGAAAGGAUAACAUUAUUAACUGUGUCCUAAAAGAACCCUAAAAUAACUGUUAUGACUCAGUGUUCUAAGAGUUAAAGGCUAUUGGUAUUACUUUUUCUGUCAUCAUGUUAGCAGUUAUAUAGGUCUUUGGAGGUUUUUUAAGUUAUAGUUCUGCCAUAACUAUUUUAUUUGUGUCUAACUAAAGCAAGGGUUUAUAUUUUCUUAAAGGGGUACUAUCGCAAAAAUGAAGAUGUGAUAUAAGCUUCAGCAUA